GUUUAACAGCCGGGCAUGGCUCCCCUUCCAUCUCCCCCUCCUGCUGAUGCCCUCAGAAGGAAACUAGCUGCGCAGCCCAGCAUCUCUGCUGCUGGCUGUGGAUCCUCCCACUUCAGUCAUUUUUCUGUCAAACGUUGGACUUGCGGAAGGAAGUGUGCAUGUGUCAACUUGAACGGAGACUUUUGAAAAAUUUAGAGAGCUGCUUGUCAGAAAAUAGCAGAGAUUAGAAAGCUGGUGAGCUUCACUGGUUGGCACCCCCCCACCCCCCGCCCCCACGGGUGGACAGCAGCACCAAGCCGACUCCUCCGAGAGCUGGCUUCGCUCAGGGAUGCAGUGAUACAUAGACAGCCUGACGGGUCACCAUGACUAAAAACCCACCAACGCCUUCCUGAAUCCACUGAAGUCCUCCUGCUUCUGGCCUUUUCAGCCUCGCUGGUGUUCCCUUUGAGGUUUGAAGAUGGAUUAUUUUGAUUUACUGAGUAGCAUGGAUCAGGCAGCCUCCUCAAAAGACUCGGACAGUCCAGAAGGAGAUGGCAACACCGAGGGAGGCAAUGGCAGCAGCAUGCAAGAGGUGACCCCUUUCAGUGUUGAUAUCUCUGGGUCAUUAGGAUUUGCUGGGGGAGACACACAGGAUGGCUAUCCCCACUUUGAACCAAGCCCUUUACAGGUCUCAGCCAACCCCUGUGUUAACCAGUUGGAGGUAGGUGACUUUGCACACACGGGGGAUCCCUGUGGAGAACAGAGUGAUUUCAAUGUUACUGACGAGGAUCCAGUCUUGACUUUUCAUUUAGGAAACACAAGUGCGUUCCAUCAGGGUGAGAGCUGUGAUCCAGGCCCAACUGAAAUGUGUACCAGCGAACUCACAGACAGCCAGUUUCUGGAGGACACUGAAAACCAAUUAGAGCCGUCUAUUCAAUCAGGAAGUACAAGCUCACUGGAAAGCGAUGGGUCCACUCCCUGGGUACAAGCAGUGUUACUGACGAAGAAGACCAAAGAAACGAAAACCUGCGAUGAGCAAAGUGCAGACAAGACACUUAGUAAUUCAGAGGGAAUGUUAACUGAGAGCUCAAGUGCCUCAGAAGCCUUAACACCCUCUUUCAGUGAAGAAACUGAUGAAGAGCUCUUGAAGGAAAAGCCUGUAGCCCGGCUUCCUGAUGAAGUUAUUAUGGACCCCUCAGAUGUUGCUUUCUUGCAAAAUGAUGUGUGGCACCAGAACUGGGCAUUUGUCCCAAUUCCCAAUGCAGAAAUUCCCGAAGUGCAGCGUGAGGACCAAGGAGAUGAGGAGAACCUGGAACUCCUAGCAGUUCCCAUGGACUGUGACCCAUCAAACAGUGAAAGGGAAAACCAUGGGAUUGGAGAAGAUGGACCAAGCAAACAUGAUGCAGUAUCUAUACUGCCUUCAUACAUUGCAUCAGUGCACAAAGAGCUGGUGGUAUGGAACAAUGAACCAACAGAGACAGAGGAUAACUCCUGUUUCUCCUUUGGAAAUCAGCCGGUUUCCGGUGAGCCGAACGUGUUGAGCAGCGAGGAAUUCCCAUCCAGUAUUUCCAGUCCGAGUAGUGAAUUAGCAGCGGCCUCCGCCCAGAGUGCACCCAACGUGACAACACCCGAAGAAAAUGUGGCCUCUGGCAGUCAGGAUCCUUUGGUGAGAGAAAUUCUCAGGGACCGCGCUGAUGGCAGCUCUGUUAAGACACAAGAAAGCAACCAGACAUGGAACACAGAAAGGAUAGCACCUUUGUACUGCAGCGCCCAAGAAACGAACCCAGCCUCUAUAGUGGCCAAUAGAGAGGCAUGGAGCAGGGACAUGGCUUUGCACUUGGUUGAGGAACAAGGCUCAAUGGAAUGCAUGAUUACAGCAAACAAAAUUCAAGUCGACUAUACCUCUGACAAUGACGUCAAAAUCAUAGAACAGGAAUCGAGUGAAUCAUCUGAGGAACAGGAAGAGGAGGAAGAGGAAGAGAUCACAGAAAUGCUAGAUGAAAAUGACAUCGUUCAGAUUGAAGCACAGCCCGGCAUCGCUGAGGAAAUGAUGGACCUUAAAGCCCUACUGGCCAAUGGCAACAAACCUGGUCGAGAAGUGGCCAAGAGCUUAGCUUCCAAACUUUACAAUCUGGAUGGGUUUAAGAGGACAGAUGUUGCGCCCUAUCUGGAGAAGAAUAAUGAAUUCAGUCAGAUGGUGGCUGAGGAGUACCUACAAUUAUUUGACUUCAGCGAGAUGGCACUUGACGAAGCUCUAAGGAAGUUCCUAAUGGCAUUUGUACUUACCGGAGAGACACAGGAGCGGGAGCGAGUAUUGAAUCACUUCUCCAAUCGGUUCCAAGAGUGCAACCCCGAUAUCCUUCACAGCAGAGAUGCAGUUCACACCAUGACCUGUGCACUCAUGCUUUUAAAUACAGAUCUUCAUGGACAGAAUCUCGGGAAAAGCAUGUCAAGCCAGGACUUCAUCACUAACCUGGAAGGCAUGAAUGAUGGGAAGGAUUUUCCGAAAGACAUGCUGAAGGCUCUAUACCACUCAAUAAAAAGCAAGAAGAUGGAAUGGGCCAUUGAUGAAGAAGAGCUGCAGAAAUCUAUCAUGCCAAAGGGGGAAGAUGCUGUCAAUGUGACACGCGUUACCGACAAAGGCAGUCCCUUCCUGGAAGUCCCAAACGAUCACAAAGCUGCAACCUACAAGCAAGGCUUUCUGAUUCGCAAGGUCCAUGCAGACAUCGACGGCAAAAAAACACCAUGGGGAAAGAGAAGCUGGAAGACCUUCUAUGCCGUAUUAAAGGGAACAGUCAUCUAUCUGUCGAAGGAUGAAUACAAGCUGACCAAGCAGUCAGCUGAAGAGGCGAUCAGCAUCCACCACUCCCUGGCUACUAAAGCCGCUGAAUAUAACAAACGGCCUCACGUUUUCCGCCUGAAGACUGCUGAUUGGCGGAUCUUCCUAUUCCAGGCUCAAAGCGCUGAUCAGAUGAACUCCUGGAUCACACGGAUUAACCUGGUAGCUGCUAUAUUUUCUUCGCCCCCCUUUCCAGCAGCUGUUGGAUCAAAGAGGAAGUUUAGCCGUCCCAUCCUCCCGUCUGCCACCUCUAAACAGUCACAGGAGGAGCAGCUCGAAUCCCAUGAUUCAAUGCUGCAAACAAUACUGGAUGACCUUGAUGACCUUCAAAUGAACUUUCCGGAAAAGAAAGGGAAAGCAAAGGAGUUUGAGGAGUACAAAGUGAAGCAGGAAUACUUUGAAUAUGAGAAAUGUCGAAUUGAAACUUAUGUGAACCUGUUAAAAGUUAAGCUGAAUGAAGCUACCGAUGACCUAGAUAAACUGGAGGCUCACCUGUACGGCAUCGCGGAAGGGAAAGAAAGCACUUUAAAGAAAUCUCAUUCCAGCCCUUCCCUCAACCUGGAACAGGUACCAGUGGUGAAGGUGAAGAGAAAUGUCUCAGAGCGAAGAACCUACAGGAAGAUCAUUCCAAGCAGGCAUAAAAAAUUAAUAUGAAAAGAAUUGAAAACAAGUAUUUAUAGGUCAAAUUUUUGAUUUAAAAAAAAACUUGAGAGGGGCUGUGAAAAUCUACCCCGGUCACUGUGGAUGAAGGAAAUCAUAAAAAAAAUAGCCU